ACGAAAAUGGUUUGCUAGUCUCCGAUUCGCGUGACACCGACUCCCAUAAGGUGAGAGGUCUAUUCUACGUCUCGUCCGUGGUUCAACAUUGUUUGGUUUCCUUUCGAAAAUGGCUGCCGUGUUGGACGAAGUGGGUAAAUCCGCCGAAAAGUUGGUGGACGAAGAAAAACGCGAGAUCGUCGACCGCGAGAAUGAAACUACCGUGGUACAAGCAUCGCAGAAGAAAAAAGAAAAGAUAAAGAAGAAGAAGAAGAAGAAAGCUGCCGUCGAAGCCAAUGCGAAUGUCCCGGAGAGGGAGGAAGACAAAGCAAAAAAUAACACAGCGGGCGAAGAACCCGCCGCGGAGGUGGCAGAGAACGAUGUGGAAGGGGAGGAAACGAAAAAGAAGAAGAAGAAACGUAAAUCUCGCGGGAAAACCGGAGGCGUCAAGCAACAAACGGAUCCUCCGACUAUACCCGUGUCAGAAUUUUUCCCAGAUGGAAACUUCCCGAUAGGGCAGAUCAUGGAUCAUCCAUCCGCAGCUGGGGUGGACGACAGAACAGCCAAGGAGCGUUUCUCGAGCGAGGAAGCGCGCGCUUUCGACAGAAUGCACAACGACAUCUAUAACGAAGCCAGACAGGCUGCAGAGGCUCAUAGGCAAACGAGGAAACACAUUAUGAAAUAUGUAAAGCCAGGAAUGUCGAUGAUAGAGAUUUGCAACGAAUUGGAGAACACGGCCAGAAAAUUGAUAGGAGAGGAUGGGCUCAAGGCUGGAUUGGCUUUUCCAACCGGUUGUUCUAGAAAUCAUUGCGCGGCUCAUUACACUCCGAACGCUGGCGAUCCAACAGUGUUGGAGUACGACGAUGUCAUGAAGAUAGACUUUGGUACACACAUCAACGGUCGUAUAAUCGAUUGCGCGUUCACCCUGACGUUCAAUCCGAAGUACGACAAGCUGAUCGAAGCGGUUCGCGACGCUACGAACACCGGGAUCAAGGCUGCCGGUAUCGACGUCCAACUUUGCGACGUGGGCGCUACGAUUCAGGAAGUAAUGGAGUCGUACGAGAUCGAUUUGGAUGGGAAAACUUAUCGGAUAAAAUCCAUAAGAAAUCUGAACGGUCAUUCGAUCGCCCCUUACCGUAUUCACGCCGGGAAAACUGUGCCGAUAGUUAAGGGCGGGGAGGCUACCAGAAUGGAGGAGAACGAGUUCUACGCUAUCGAGACAUUCGGAUCGACUGGAAAAGGAAUCGUGCACGACGAUCUGGACUGUUCUCACUACAUGAAGAGCUUCGAUGCUGGCUACGUCCCGCUAAGAUUACAGAGUAGCAAAGUUCUGCUCAAUACUAUCAACAAGCAUUUCGGUACUUUGGCUUUCUGUAAACGAUGGUUGGAUCGCAUCGGUUGUACAAAGUAUCAAAUGGCUUUGAAGGAUCUGUGCGACAAGGACGCCCUCGAAGCUUACCCGCCUCUGGUCGACGUAAAGGGAUGUUACACCGCUCAGUUCGAGCACACACUGGUUUUACGUCCAACGUGUAAAGAAGUUAUUUCCCGCGGGGACGACUAUUAAAGUGUCUAUACUCGAAUCGCGUUCGCGUACACCCGCACCUUCUGUCUAGGAAUGUACAAGCUGGUUCGUGUAAAGUCACUUUUACGUCGGAUGUUAUACCAUUAAUAACGCGAUAUUUAAUUAUAUCACCUAACGAUAUUUUAUUCAUUGUUUUUUCCUCUGCCGAUAUAAACUAUAACUUGAGCGGGACAAAACAUCCUCGGAACGUUUAGUAGUACAAAAUGUAAGGGGUACGUUUGUUUCUUCGCUUUAUAUUCUUUAGUUGCAUAAUGGAACACGAAUAACGAGAAAGCUUUUUUCGGGUCUUGGAUCGUCGAUAUUUUUAUAUCGUGCAUAACAAUUUUUUUUUUUUUUCGAACUAGUUUUCUUUUGAUAAUGAAAAUAGCGAUGUCAAUGUUGAAUAAAAUAUAUUUGAUAGUUUAAUUACACCAAUGCGACGGUAGUCCUAAACGUGAUUGGCUUGUAUCGAUCAUAGGGGGAUAGAAUUUGGUGCGCAUAACGAGGUGGUGGUUAGAAUUCAGGUUAAACGUCUCGACUCGUUAAUCGGUUAUUUGUUUCGCUGGUUUCAUAAAAUUUUACGUUACAAUUAUAAGUAUGCUUUUCGCUGCAUUUAUCGAAUAAAAUUUAAUUAUGCGCUACGAUCGAUAGAAUUUCCAACGUUUCCGGUCGACGAUCGCGUUUCUACAGUUCCCGUCGCUGUCGAUCGAAACUGUAUAACGCAACAAUAUAUAUGUAUAUGUUUUAUUUCUUUUUCUGAACUAUGAACACUGUAGUGUAAUAAAUGCUGCUACGUUAACGUACAAAACACUUUUUAAUUUGUCAGCUAGAGGCAAAAGAUUCCCGCCAUUCGAGACCACUCCCUUCCCGCGAAACAUCUUAGGCACUGCUUUCACUUUCUCUUAUUAAAUCGACCAUACUUCGUUGCUUUUCAACUAAAUUUGGGAUUAAUUUGGGGGUUUUAGUCAGAUUAUCGGGGAAUGUCCGACCCAUUUAUAAUCGAUCUAUUCGAAAUCUUCGAAACCAUUGAAACCAACGAAUGUUUCACAUUGGAAUGAAAAUAUUAAACUAAUGCUUUUUGCAGGGAAUAACGAGUCGCACCAAACGAUG